GAUGACAGAAGUCAACACAAAAUAUCCGAAGACCACUUUUGCCAGCGUUUUUGUCGACGCUUUUAAAAUUAAUUCUGAUAAGUAAUAUUCUCUUGAAAUCUUCAUAUCGUGUCCCUCAGUGAUGUCGGCUAAGCUGAAUAAAUUUGAAACGCCAAGUUCUGCUAGCUCUGAUAGUGAGGUGACGGAGCUAGCUCUGGACUUCAGCGAGCAGGUGUUCAUAGACGAUGAGGAGUUCUCGAGCCGCGCGCCCGCGUCGCCCACCACCGUGCCCAAUGUGCGCCCCUACCGACCACCCUCCACUGGCUCGAACAUCGUCAAGUCACCUCGCGCGCGGCGCGUCCGCACCACCUCCAUGUCGCAGUCGAACAAGCGAACUACGGCAGAGAGCAUCCUGCACGCGGACCGACGCACCAUCUACACGGCCGGCCGCCCGCCCUGGUACAACUGCACGGGCGGCCAGGAGGUCGAGCCCUUCCUCAUAGGAAUAUGUGGAGCCAGCGCGUCCGGAAAGACGACGGUGGCGGCCAAAAUAAUAGAAUCUCUCAACAUUCCCUGGGUCACCAUCGUCAGUAUGGACUCCUUUUAUAAGGUCCUCAACGAGAAGCAGCACCUAGCGGCAACCCGCAACGAAUACAACUUCGACCAUCCGGACGCGUUCGACAUGGAACUGCUGACGGAGGUGCUGACCAGACUGAGGGAUGGCAAGAAGGUGGAGGUGCCCAUCUACAACUACGUCACGCACUCCCGGGAGAACCGGACUAAAACCAUGUACGGAGCGAACGUGAUAAUCUUCGAGGGAAUCCUCGCGUUCUACAACGCGGCGGUCACGGCCAUGCUGGACAUGAAAGUGUUUGUGGACACCGACGCCGACAUCCGCCUCGCCAGGAGAUUGAGGAGAGACAUAGUCCAGCGCGGGCGCGACCUAGAAGGCGUGCUGAAGCAGUACAUGACGCACGUGAAGCCCUCCUACCAGAGCUACAUCGCGCCCUGCAUGGCUCACGCCGACAUCAUCGUGCCCCGCGGCGGCGAGAACAAGGUGGCGAUACACUUAAUCGUUCAACACGUCCACAAACAGUUACAACUCAGAGGGUUCAAAGUUCGUGAAAAGUUGGCGGUCGCGCACGUCGGCCAGCCAGUUCCAGACUCGCUGUUUGUACUCAAAGAAACGCCACAGGUGAAAGGCCUGCACACAUUCAUCCGCAACAAGGACACGCCGCGAGACGAGUUCAUCUUCUACUCGAAGCGCCUCAUGCGGCUGGUGAUAGAGUUCGCCUUGUCUCUGUUCCCGUACACCAGAGUCAGCGUGGACACGCCGCAGGGGUUCCAGUAUAACGGGCGCAAGUGCGAAGUGGAGAAAAUCUGUGGCGUGUCAAUACUACGGGCAGGCGAGACCAUGGAGCAGGCCGUGUGCGACGUGUGCAAGGACAUCAGGAUCGGCAAGAUAUUGAUACAGACGAAUCAGCUCACUGAUGAACCAGAGCUAUACUACCUCCGCCUCCCCAAAGACAUAAAGGACUACCGAGUGAUCCUGAUGGACGCGACAGUGGCGACGGGCGCGGCGGCCAUCAUGGCCAUCCGCGUGCUGCUGGACCACGACGUGCCCGAGGAGCACAUCGGCCUCGUGUCGCUGCUGAUGGCCGAGAUCGGCGUUCAUAGCAUCGCCUACGCUUUCCCCAAGGUAAAAAUCGUGACAUCAGCCCUAGAUCCAGAGAUCAACGAGAAAUUCUACGUCCUUCCCGGCAUCGGCAACUUCGGGGACCGAUACUUCGGCACAGAGCCCGUCGAUGAAGAGUGAGACAGCAUCAACAACGACUGAGAGAGUGAAAGAGACGUCAAUACUAUCGGUAUUCAUUUAUUUAUUGUCUUGCGAAGAGAUGCGGCCGCCUUGCACGUUUUGUUUUAAGUAUAUAUUUUUGAUUAGGUAUAUUAUGUACCUACUUAGUUGUGAAGAUCGUAAAAUAUUGUUUGAUAUCAACGUUUCAACUAAAUCAUAAAGUUGGCAAAUUCAUUGUCAAGGUACAUUUUAUAACUAUGUAUAACUAAAUUUACUUAAAUGCACAUUUCUUAACUUAAAAUUGGUCUCACGUAAAUGGUAAUCAUAAUUUUGAUGAUUAUAAUAUUUUUUUGACGACAAGUACAUGCAUUCAGUAUGUAGUUGGUUAAAUAGACUGUUUUUGUGGAAUUGUGUGCUCUCAUAGUCAAGUACAUUUUGUAUAGCUGAGAAAUACUAGUCCAACUCCAGUGUUUGUCACGCUAAGACGAAUUUAGAAGAAGAAUAAAGUAUUGUAAAGUUGAAAAACUCUCAAAAACAUUACUGUAGGUCAAGGAGUCUACCCAAAUGAACGUUAAAAAUCUUUUACAUAUGACUGAAUAAUAUUCGUUAACCUUGAAUAGGCUCCAGAAACUGAAAGUUCUGCUUAUAGGUACUGCCAGUUUCUGUAACUCGAUCUAUCCAUAACUGGUAGUUACUUUCAUACGAUUAUGACAGAUUGUUACUUUGAUUAUGUCAAAAUCGUAUGAAAGUAACUACCAGUUAUGGAUAGACAGAGAUAUAGAAACUGGCAGUUAGCUAACAUAAUUAAUUUAGUUAGUUUUGAAUGCCUCGUUUUAACAAUGUUAUAUGUGUUAGUGAAAAUCUAGUCUGCCACUAAAACAUAAUCCUUUAAAUAUUAUUUACUUAUUUGAAUUUCGGUCUCUAUUUAUUCAGUGAGAUUUCGGCCGGGUUAAUAUAUAAUUAUACUAUGAUAUUGAUCUUUUGACUGAAUUAAUUUACUUAAGUUAUUAAAUUAUAUUCCUCAUUAAAUUUAAAUAGUCACAAAUAAAUCAUUAGAGGGAGAGCCAAAGAGUAGGUGGUUCCUAUUUGGGAGUAGAAUUAAUGAAUAACUGAAAAUAACCUUUUUAAUCGCUACUAUAAAGAACUAAAUACAUACAUAUUACUAACACGAAGGCACACAGUUCCACAUAAACUUAUAUUUUAGUUAGUAAAAUUUUGUCAACUCACACAUAAAUACAUGUUUUGC